GGAGCCUCCAUAAACUAACGAAAUAGUGGAAAGUAACCUCGUCUAUAACUUCCGCCUUCAACCGUUUGUCAUCAAAAUUGUGUUUUUAGCAUUUUUACACGAAAAACACGCACUUUGACAUCGGUGGUAACAGGUGUUAACGUUAUUGGUGUACACAAGCCAUCUCAAACCGAGACCCAUGAGCCUGAGACGGAGGCAUGAGAACUGUAGUGUGCCCCUGCAUGCACAACAACAACAACACUAAUUUUCUUAUUUUCCUACCGACAAGAACUGAAAUGUUAUUUUCAAGGACAAAUAAAGCAACCAAGAUAACAUGAUCAGAGGAUGCUCAUAGACAAGAACAUUUACGACCUGCCAUAAUACCAUCUACUCCUCGGUUGUCCACAAACUAACUAUACUGAAUGGUUCAUUUAGUCUCCUGGGGAUGGCUCCCGACACCAACAUCUUCACCGAUAAGCAGACCAAUAACUGGUUCAAAGCGUGCAUUGCCCUCAAUUUGACAAAGGAUGGAUUGACUGACCUUGUUGUGACGGAAUUAUUAAACGUCCAAACAAAAGUUGGUAGAAGUUGUGGACAAUGCUUUAUUCAAAACCUUAUACCGUGUCCAACUCAGGACGUGUGUAAAAAGAGGAAAGGAAAUAACUGUUCUUUCCACAAUUCACUACAACCAAAGUCAUGCCAAACAUGUGAUAAAGUGAAACAAAAUAUCACAUUGUUACACAGAUUUAAAGGUCCUAGUUGGGCAAACACUAAAGCUGAAUUAUGGGCAACGGAUCCGUGGGAAAUCGGUAAAUGCUACCUCCCACGAGACGGAUAUAGCAGCGUAUCAUCUGUGCAAGAAUCUGACUUCAAUGGUGUGGUUAGCAUUGUGUUGAACUGCACGCAUUUCCAGACAUGCCUCUCCGCCGCAUGUCUAUCACCGCCACCACCUGAUAAGCAAUGCCCGCUAGAAAAGGUCCGACAAAUAGGCCGAGAUGUACGCCAUACUGCCGACUGCAAGGUUACAGAUGCUGAUCUGCAGUACUUCUUUCUGACACUGACCACCCUACUAGCGGAUCCAGUCUGCUUAUUGCAUGAUACCUCAGCGACAGAAGCCCGCGUAAAACUCAGUGAUUUGCAGAAUGAUCGUCUAACACUUGUUGAUUUGGGCAAGAUGUUGAAAGAAGCAAAUCAGACCCUCACACAUGCAAAAGAGGCCGGAGAACGUUUUUCCGAAGAGGCUGAAAGGACCCUGAAAGAAGGACUGAAUACAUUAGAAGCUAAAAUACAGGCUGGGAAAGAAUGUCUUGAAAACAAAACACAAACUAGUGAACAACGAAUUGAAAAAAAGGCUCUUUCUGGUGAACAACGUCUUGAAAACAAGACACAGGCUGGAGAACAAAGCAUUGAAAACAAGACACAGUGUGGAGAACAAAGCAUUGAAAACAAGACACAGGCUGGAGAACAACGCCUUGAAAACAAGACACAGUCUGGAGAACAAAGCAUUGAAAACAAGACACAGGCUGGUGAACAAUGCAUUGAAAACAAGACACAGACUGGAGAACAAAGCAUUGAAGACAAGACACAGGCUGGAGAACAAAGCAUUGAAAACAAGACACAGGCUGGAGAACAAAGCAUUACAAACAAAUCACAGGCUGGAGAACAGCGCAUUGAAAACAAGACACAGGCUGGGGAAAAGAGCAUUGAAAACAAGACACAGGCUGGAGAACAAAUAAUUGAAAACAAGACACAGACUGGAGAACAAAGCAUUGAAAACAAGACACAGGCUGGAAAACAAAUAAUUGAAAACAAGACACAGGCUGGAGAACAACUCAUUGAAAACAAGACACAGGCUGGAGAACAACGCCUUGAAAACAAGACACAGGCUGGAGAACAAAGCAUUGAAAACAAGACACAGGCUGGAGAACAAACCAUUACAAACAAGACACAGGCUGGAGAACAAAGCAUUGAAAACAAGACACAGGCUGGAGAACAAAGCAUUGAAAACAAGACACAGGAAAGCAUCAACCGCAUAAAUCAAGCAGCGAUUGGAAAGGAGCUAGACGAAUACGAGCGUGACGUAACAGAUCUUCUCAAGCGAUUGGUGAACCAUUACCGUGAUACCGUUUGCUACGUGCCUCUGUCUACUUUGGAUCCUAGUCUCAAUAAGCACAUACAUGACGUCUAUGCCACUCCAAAAAUACACAGGAUGAAGAUAGAGAAUGAUGGUAGACGCACACAACAGGAAGAAAUAUUGACAUACAAAGAUUGCUUUUAUAGAGGUGAUAAUUUAUGUAGACGUACGUAUUUACAAGGCGAGCCGGGAAGCGGCAAGACAAGUUUUGCUGCCAAGUUAGUUGACGAUUGGUGUAACGUGCAUGAGUCCUCAAAUGAAUCUACAAAGGAACAAACGGCGUUUGUUGAUGUUGAUACCCUUCAUAAAUUCAAGUUUCUCUUCUUCAUUUCGUUGCGCGAUUCGAGAGAACAGACACAUGUAACACAUAUGAUACAAACUCAGCUCAUCUACAAAAUCUACGCGGCAGACGAAUGGGAGAGCGCGUAUAAUCUAGUCUUAAAAAUAAUGAGAAAUGUGAUGUAUCUUGUUGUUCAAGACGGUCUGGAUGAGUGGCCUGGUAAAGAAGCUCUGCCAUCUAUGGACGGUAUUCCUAAAGAUCAUUGCAUUGUGCUCACAACUUCUCGACCAUGGAAACUCGCGGAUGAACGUAUCAAGAAUUCUCAAAUAGACAUAUUGUUGGAAGUCUACGGAAUAAUCGAUUCCUUUGGAUUCAGUAAAAGGAUACUACCACAUCUUCUUGAUGAAACAAAGGUUCUUUACAAAACUGUGGGGCAGUUUCAGAAAUUUCUGAAGAGUCAUGAUCUUGAUUCGAUAUCAUCUUCGCCCAUGCUGCACACGCUUGUCCUAUGUACAUGGGUAGAUGAUAUGGCUGAGAGUCUUACCGGAUCGUCAAGGUGUGAAUUGUUUACCACCUUGCUUGAAAACUUAUGUAAAAAAGCUAACCCACAAAUGAGUUAUUUCGAUCAAUACUACCCAUCACCAGUAAACUGCUUUUCUCGCACGAAGUAUGUUAAACCAAACAUGGAACAUAUAGAUGUUUUAGCCAAAGCUGCGUUUUCAUUUUUGUUUUCAAAUGAAAAAGAAAUAUCACUAGUGUUCAGCGACAUUAAUCUUUCGGCUCAUUUGUCUGAAAGUUCAAAGCAGUUCGCACUACAUUCAGGAUUAAUAUCCAAAAGAAAAAGUAAAAAAUGUUAUGAUAAUACAAGCUCGUUUGUCCACAAGACUGUUCAAGAGUUCUUUGCUGCUCUUCACAUUUCCAACAACACAAAUGUGAUUGAUAACGUUAUUUGCGAAUAUCUCAAAAGUUAUAGGGAUUCCUAUCUGGAUAUUGCUCAAGUUUUCACAUUUCUUUGUGGCUUCAACAUCUUGGCAGCUAAUAAACUAUCUGCACUGAUGAAUCAGGUCAACGAUGUUCGUCAUGGGGUUGAUCACGAUGUUUUCCAAAGAGUCAUCCUCUCAGGUUAUAGGGAGGCUGUGGCAAACAAGAACACUCCAAUAGACCUACAUCUGAGUCACUUUGACUUUGGGCGUGAUAAUGCUGAAGAUUUGAUCAACAUCUUUGCACUAAACGCCCCACGGGCUCGAUCUUUACAUGUUACCAGAGUUAUAAACAGCAUUGUAAUAAUACGUUCACAAGACGCGUCGACUUAUCUUUGUCAGGGACCUACACCCGUCUCAUUAGCUGCAUGUGAUUAUGCCGACCCCUCUACAAGAGCGAAGCAGAAAGAAGUCAGAUUGUCUGCAUCUUGUUUGGAAAUUGACUUAUCAGCGUGUCAAAACCUGGAACAGUUGGAGCUCGAGGGUGAUAUAACCGUGCUACCAAAUGCACUUGCGGGUUUGAAGAAGUUGAAAUAUCUAACAAUGGAUAUGGGUUGUAAAUGUGAAGCGCUUGACAUGUCACAUUGUGAACACAUAGAAUCAAUUGAACUCGGAAAAGAAGUAACUUUACUACCACACUCUAUUAUUCAUUAUAAGAAUCUUACACGUAUUGAAAUAUACUCAGCUUAUAAAGAACUAGAUUUGUCAAUGUUUGAAAACUUAUAUUCAAUAACAAUCGGCAAAAGAGUGCAAGUGUUACCGAAGCAACUUCUCAUUAAUAACAAUCAAGAACUUAACUUUAUUGGUUUGUAUGAAUUUGAUUUCAACAGAUGUGACAAGAAAGACAUUCAUACAUGGUGCCUACUGAACGGUGCUGAUCCAGUACUGUGUGCAGACUAUACUCCAGUACUGCCCUCCAUAGAACACAUUAAAUUGUUUAAUGUAACGUGUUCCUGCACCUGGUUACGCAGUCUGCUCAACACACUGUUUACACUCGAUCAUAGUGUGAAGUGUGAUAUUGGCUCCUGUUGCAUAACUUCACUCAAAGUCAGCAAGUCACAUUGGACAUCCGCAAGGAUAACAACGGACUUAAACAAUACGUGUACAUGUACAAUCGAUUUCCCUGACGAUAGCCCUGGUCUAUGGGAGACUCUGCUCGGUCUGAGUGUCAAGAAUCUGAGCAUUUCGAGUUCGUUUUCGCGGGGUUUGAAGAUUAAUCAUGUAUCGUCAUUGUCACGGUCACUAGCAACCCUCUCACAGCUGGAAACGCUUAGAAUGCGUUUAAUUGCAUAUAUCGACCUACAGCUUCCUUUGUCAGUAAAUCAUGUGACUGUCUGUUUUGAUACAUUGCAUCCAUCAGAACUUCGCCAGCUGGUGAACAAGCUGUCUGCACGGACUCACUCACUUGAGUGUAGAGUGGAAUUCGUUUGUAGUCAUUACAUUGACAUUGACACAGAAAAGAAAAAUUACAUUCAAUCAGAGGAAUACAUCCCCAUCCAACAAGAACUCGAAGCUAUGCAGAAUAUUGAUGUGAAACGAUUUCGAAUAUAUAUAUAUAUAUAUGACUGGACACUUAUGUCUGAACGUGACUGUGUUGUUGAGGAUGGUGAUCAUAAUGAUGAGAUCGUUGAUAAUGAAUUUUGUGAAGACUUUUUUUAUAAAUACGCGAUAGCUAAUUGCUAUGACAGGACAAAUAGGGACGGCGUCAUUCGAAGUCGCAUAUCAAUGCGACUUAAGAUUAACUGUGUUUAAAAUCCAACAUUGGCCUAGUAAAGGGAUAUAUGAGGCGAUGAUGGCGAUGAUGAUGAUGGUGGUGGGGAUGCUUGUGAUAAUGUUUAUGGUGAUGUUUUUGUAUCAUGAUGACGGUGAUGAUGAUGAUACCUAAUGACCGCCGGUAUGCCGCCACUUCCGGUUCCCAAACCACCACCACCGUUGCCUUCUAUCCUGUAGCCGUCAUCAACAGCGUUGCACAUGCUUUGCGAACCAGAUGUAUUGAACAUUAAGCUACCAUAUCAAGUACUAAACUAAAUUACAGUGACUUAACAAGUAGCUAGGUUUGUUUAGUUAAUGGUUCCAAUGUAUUCUGCCUACGCCCACUUAAACUUUGUGAAAACAUUUCAGCAGAUAGCGCACGUGAACUAUGAGUGUUAGCAUUAUUUGCUAAUUGCAUUACUGAUUCAUAUAUCCGUUUUGAAUCCGUAUAGAUGCUAUAGAUCUAUGAAUCUGAAAUUUGGAACGUCUUUAUUCUAUUGCAUUGCAGUGCUGUAUAUACAGAAUUGCAUGGACUAGAUUCUAUUAAUGUUCCAAUAUUUAUGAAAUAACAGUCGAUAUAUUAUGGUUAUACUGCGUGUAUUCUACUCGCAUCAGAACUCCGCAUCAUAGACUAUAAGUCAAUACAAUGAUACAUCGCAAGCUAGUUGAGACACGCUCUGGGAAAACGGGGUUUAAUGCAAGUAAUUACAGUAUCGUCCCAGAUGAGCAUUUGUAGUUCGCACAGACUAAUCAGGGACGACACUUUACUAUCAUGCAUGAAACUUCAUUUUCGCAGAGUGCGACUCGUUUCUGAAAUAAUGCAUCGGUUGCACUGGCCAUACUAGUUAGCAUGCGCAAACAUUUAACAAUACUUUAUAUAAGAUAACGAAUAUUUGCCGGAAUCCGUGUUUAAUCUCGAUAUAACAGAUGGCACUGGAUUUCAUGCCUGGGCUUUUCGUGUGUCAUCGUAGGUGCAAUCAGUUUUAACAGAGAAAUAUACAGAGUGGUUUAAGCCCCAAUAAAUUAAUGAUAACAUUGCUUGGUUUAAAAUGUAAAUGGAAGUAGUUUGAGUUGCGAACGUUAGGAUGGAAAGUGAGUGAGUUUUAAAAUUAAACGGAACAUAUUAUGUGCAAUAGGAGUAUAGAUAACGUCUAUAAAUUAAUGAUACUAUUGCUUUGUUUAAAUGUAAACUAUGUGCAUACUUCAACUUUAAAACUCACUCACUUUCCGUCCUACCGUUCGCAACUACAACCCCAAAAGUACCCCUUCGCCGUCAUCCAACAUACCACGUCUGCCACCUCCGCCGUAUGUGAUUUCCCCAUGAUCACAAAUUUUGAAUACCAAAAAAAGUCCAAAAGCUUUAGUUAGCAUAAGUAGAAUUUAUGAUAUAUAAUUCAAUCGCUUUAGUUAGUCACAUAUUAAAAUAUUUCUGUCAAAUAUAUGGGACAGACAAGAGAACUCCAAGUAAAAUUGUGAAAUGUAAAUUCUUUUUAAUUUUAUUCUUAUUAUGUGUAUUUGUUGUUUAAUUAAUUCUGAAUUUACUUAAUUUCGUUCAAGGAAACCGGAUUAUCGACUUAUGUCGCAAUAUAUAUUAACUGUA